AUGGCUUUCCUGUUGACGCCAUUCUGCCGCUGCUCCUCGAAUUGGGGAGAAGCUGCGCUGGAAGAUGGCGAUGGGGACUCCAUCGCCCGAGCCGAUGGGGAUGCCAGAUUAAGACUUCCACUUCCGCAAGAGGAGGAGCUGGCGGUCCAAAGAAGCGAGCAAAAAGAAGACAACGCAGAGGACAAGGCCUCGGACCAUUCCACGACGGCCACGGCCACCGGCACACAGGAGCUUCCGGAGGCUCCCCCGGAGGUCGGAGACGCCAAGGAGGCACAGGAGGCGCUUGACCCAUCCACUUCAGCAGAGCAAGUUGCACCAGCAAAGGCUGAAGCGGAGUCGGAGCUCGCGCAGGAGAAGCAGGAGGUCAUUGAAGAGAAGGUGCGGAGACCUCCUGAGCCGCUGACAACGCUCGAGGAACAAGACUUCAAUGACAGAGGGGUGAGCACCCUGGAUGAGUCCAAGAAGUUCACCUAUGUACUAGGCAAUGAUUACAAGUGCACCUUGACCGGCUGGACGCACACAAGGCCGUAUGCGCGCGGCUUCAUUCGCAACAAGCCGGGCAAUGCAAAAGCCACGGUUUCCGGCCUAGAUCCGGGUGUACUGUACCUAUGGAAGGUUUACCAAGUGGCCAAACUUUACGGCAGCGCCAAUGGCUUGGAAGUCAAUGGCGAAUCUCAGGGUAGCACCGUGGCGAGCGGCUCCACUGAGGCCACGGCUUCAGGCAAGACGCUCGCCGACAGUUCAGGGAAGAUGACUUUCACCUUCGGCCGCGAUGGUGACGAAGUGCACUUGUCUGGUAUUGCCGUGGCUCGAGAGGAAGCCAAGGAGGGGAAAGUCCUGAAGCCUAAAGCGAAGGCAAAGGAAAAAACAAAGGCAAAAUCCAAAAAGGAAGGCAAGUACGAUGAGUUCGGCCGAAGGAUAGACAAGCCAAAGAAGAAGGAACUAUCGUCGUCUGAUGAGGACCUCGACGACUUGUGUCCAUCCUCCAGAAAGAAUGCGGAUUUUGAGCGUGAGCUGAGAAGGAUGAAGAAGAAGGUUCGAGAAGGCAUGACUGAGCAGCAGAGGGAGGAGAUGGAGAACCCGUGGCUUUACACGCAGAUCUCUGACCAGGAGAGGGAGCUCAAGAAGCAGAUGUUCAGAAGCUUCUACCAAGAGCAGUAUGCGCGGUUAAAAAACAAAGCCCAGCCCGACUACAAGCAGUACGAGAAGAGCGAUCCAGAAACCGGGCAGUCGGUUGCGGGUGCAAAUUUGAAGGCUGAGGGAGGGCAUCGGCCCCUACCCCGGCCGAAAGGAAUCAAGCUUCCGGCAGACUUUCGGAAGUCGGUCGGACGCAUUUCUCAGAAAGAGCUUUUCCAAAAGUACUCCUGCAAAGGAGAAAGAAUGCUGAUUUCCGUGUACGGCGACCUGUUCGAUGUCUCGGAUCGCCCCGACAAGUAUGGACCAGACGGCCCAUACUGGUACAUGACCGGGAAAGACAUCACCUGGGCGCUCAUGAGUGGUGAGGACACUGAGGAGACCAUGGACAAGUUUUAUGAUGUCUUCAAGAUUCAGCCGGCCGAAGCUGCAGAUAGGCGGCUUCAAGGCUUGAUGAGCUGGUGGGCCUUCUAUGAGAAGGAGUACGGCAAGCCCAUUGGCCGGAACACUGCCUACGACAAGGAAUGGGGCUUGCCCGCCCCACCUCACAUGGCCGACGGGUGCUCCGUCAUGUGA